UUUUUUGAAUUUUCGAAUAUUCAAAAUCCCAAGUACCAAAUUCAAUAGCAACUUUCGAAAUCCAAAAAAAAAAAUGAAUUUUGAAUUUGCUCAAACUAUGUCCACCCUUCAAAGGACUUAUUUUUUUUUAAAAAAAAAGGAAGAAAAGGAAAGGUUUUACAAAGGGCUAUACUAGAAAUAGUAAUAUUGAGGUUUGAGAAGGCAAAAUGGCUACGCAGCAGUGGAAUGUCAUGGCCACCUAACCGACUUUGUUUCUUCCUUUGUGUCAUAGUCCUAUCACCCAUAAUUUCUCUACCGCCGGUAGCCUCAACACACUAGGUCCUUCUACUUUGAUUAUUAAGUGAGGAACACCAGCUUAUAAAAAUGGCAGCUGCACAAUUGACCAGUAAGGCGAUGUAUAAUGGGUUUAUUGAAUGGGAAGUGAAAGAGGAGAUUUCCAAAAGCUGCUUGUUAAGAUACUCACAUCGCCGUUGUAAUUCCUUUUCAACAAUCAGUCAGAAUAGCUUGAACUAUGUUUACAGUAGCAACAAUUGUUCUUUAUCGAUUGGAAAAAACAAAAUAUUUUCAUCUUCACCUGUCCUUUUCCCAAGGAAGCGAAAAUCUUUAAGGUUCCGCAAUAAGUUCAGUUCAGAGGGAGGUGCAGAAGCUUCUGAUUUUCAGGAUACCACUGCUGUAAAGGGAGUGGAUGAUCUCUUAAGCUCAAGUGGAGAAGUAGAUGAGUUGAAUGAGACCGUUCCCAUUAUAACAAAUGUCGAAAGUGAAUCAAUAGAAGAGGCUCCUACAAGUUCGUCUCAAUCUGUGAAUGUCAGACGUGAGCUUGUGAUGCUGUCUUUGCCAGCAUUUGCUGGACAGGCCAUUGACCCUUUGACACAAUUAAUGGAGACUGCUUAUAUUGGGCGCUUGGGUUCUGUGGAGUUAGCUUCAGCUGGUGUCUCAAUAUCAAUUUUUAACAUUAUAUCAAAGCUUUUCAAUAUUCCUCUACUUAGUGUUGCUACAUCUUUUGUGGCUGAAGACAUUGCCAAGAAUGCAACCAAAGUUUACAUGUUAGAGGGGGUAGAAGGCACUGAUGGUAGACUUCCCACUGGGGUAGAAGAAAGGCAUCAGUUUUCUUCUGUUUCUACCGCAUUAUUUUUAGCAGUUGGCAUUGGCAUAAUUGAAGCUUUGGCUUUGGCGUUGGGAUCUGAACUACUUCUUGGUUUAAUGGGCAUAUCAUCCACUUCACCUAUGAGAGUUCCAGCAAAACAAUUUCUUGCUGUGCGUGCUCUUGGUGCUCCUGCAUUUGUAGUUUCCUUGGCCCUUCAAGGCAUAUUUCGUGGAUUUAAGGAUACAAAGACUCCAGUCUUCUGUUUAGGCAUUGGAAACUUUGUAGCUAUAUUUUUGUUUCCCUUACUUAUGUACUAUUUCGGCUUGGGUGUGUCCGGAGCUGCCAUAUCCACCGUCAUUUCGCAAUACCUAGUGGCCUUUUCUAUGAUGUGGUGUUUAAAUCAGAGAGUAAUGAUAUUACCUCCACGAUUUGAAGAGCUGCAAUUUGGUGGCUAUUUAAAAUCUGGUGGUUUUCUUAUUGGAAGAACUCUUUCUGUCCUUUUCACAAUGACACUUGCUACAUCAAUGGCUGCCCGUCAAGGUGCUGUAGCGAUGGCUGCUCAUCAAAUUUGCUUUCAAGUUUGGCUAGCUGUCUCCCUCCUCACAGAUGCACUGGCUGCAUCUGCACAGGCGUUGAUUGCUAGUUAUUUAUCAAAAGGCGAUUACGUAGUAGCAACCAAAAUUACACACUAUGCUCUAAAGAUAGGGCUAGUUGCAGGUGUGUUUUUGGCGGCUGCAUUAGGUGUUUCUUUUGGCUCUUUAUCUACUUUAUUUACCCAGGACACAGAGGUGCUAGCUGUGGUUAGUACAGGUUUAUUGUUUGUCAGUGCCAGUCAACCAAUAAAUGCUCUUGCAUUUAUCUUUGAUGGCCUUCAUUAUGGUGUUUCAGACUUCGCUUAUGCAGCUCGCUCCAUGAUGCUGGUGGGGGCAAUAUCAUCUGGAUUUCUGUUUUGUGCUCCUAGACUUCUUGGUCUUCCUGGUGUUUGGUUGGGAUUGACCCUUUUCAUGGGAUUACGCAUGAUGGCUGGGUUUAUCAGGUUAUUUUCAAAGAAAAGUCCUUGGUGGUUUCUGCAUUGUGACACAAAUAAAGCUAAGUUUCAAAUUGAUGGUUUGCUAUCUUACAAUGAAUAUCCUGCUGCUGUCAUUCCUGGAAAAGAAGAUGUUACUGUUACCCAUCCACAAUGACCAAAUUUGAACUGAGUACUUGAUAUAUUCAAGUAAAAAUAAUAAGAUGCUUUUAGGAGUCGUUUGGUAGAGUGUAUAACGAUAGUACUGAAUAGGGUAUAUUAGUAAUGCAAAGAUUAGUAAUGUUGGGAUUAGUUAUGCUGGGGAUGUUUUCUCAUCCAUUGUUUGGUUUGGUGUAUUAAGGAUUGAUUUGUCCUUAGCCAUUUAUUAAUAAGCCUUGUAUUCUUAAUACCAUGGUUCGCUAUGUAUGACUUAUCCCUAUAAUACUGAAUAAGGUGUAUAACUAAAUACAUGUAUUAGUUAUACAUAGGCUGAAAAUCCUACCAAACAAAGAAUUAUAUUAUACCCAAGGGUGGCUCAAUAAAUUUGAAGGCCUAAAGCGAAAUUUCAAUUAGAGGCUUAAAAUUUAAACAAAUUAUUACUUAAUACCAUUUUUAUAAAUGAUUUCUUCGAAUAUCAUUUUUUAAAAUUAUUAGUUUUAGGUAAGAUUUUAUCAAUACAAUGUUGAAAAAUCAUCCUUUUACUGAGACAAUCAUUAUAUGAAUUAUUAACAUAAUUCUAUAAGUAAUAAGUUGACAAACGCAAAAUAAAGAUGAGAGUUAGAACUAUAGAAUCUGAUUCAAGAAGUUGAUAACUUGGUGCCCUAUUUUAAUAUGUUUGUUUGGAAUGCUUAAAAUUUUUAAAAGAAAUAAAAAAUUGCAAUUCACUUUGCUCAACACUUUUCAAUAUUGAUUCAUAUUUUUGACAAAAUAUUACUGUAACUUAUCAAAGAUUUGAAGAAAGAGAAUACAAAAGGAAUUAAAAAUGAUAAACAAUGUGAGUGUAGCGAAAAGGUGGGAAGAAUGCAGAACAAUAUUUUCUUGAUUUUUUAUAUCUGAAUGGGGUUAAGGGGAUUAAAAUGAUAUAAUUUUUUCCAAAAAAUAUUUUUUUUUUAAUCAUAAAUAAUAAUUUUUUUCUGUAAAAAAGUUAACACAUAAUUUUUCCUUAAUAAAAAUAUGAGGCCCCCAAAAAUUAGGGGCCCAAGGCAUAUGCCUAAAUUUUAUCAAGCAAGAACCGGCCGUGGUUAUACCAUGACUAAUAGAUGUAUUAAAUUUUCUGAUACAUCCUACCAAACGGCACCUUAAAAUUACUGGGACAAAGCUAUUUUAUCAUUUUGAACUACACAAUGCACAAUAUAAUCCAUUGGUUUUUUCUUUGCUUAUUUUUCUUCUACUUUGUAUCCGAUAUUAUUCAUACGAAAUUUUUAAGAUAGUCUAAUGGUGCUAUUCAGCUGAUGAAUGUUAUUUUCUGGUUAUUAAUUAUCUUUUC